AUGCACCGUCCCGCUUCCUCUCCGCCCCCUCCCCAAGAGGCCACACCGCCACAGUACCGUUGCCAGACACCACCUCUGCCACCGACGCCAUACUUUCCGCCUGUUGGCCGGAGCUACGCGCCAGGGAAGACCUACGUUGGGAAUAUUAUACUUGGGAUGGGCUUCCUAAGUCACCAUGGUGCCAUCAUAGACCUGAGAUCCGAGGUGAUUACACAAACCUCAGAAGCGCUGCCACCCCACACGACGCCAGGGAACCAUGCCUUGAAUGUGCUGGACGAGCAAGUCACUGUUCCGCCUCUCCCCAGCGUCAUCGUUUCCAUCGACACCGAAGAACCCAGCGACUUCGAAGACGCCAUCGAGGGCGACGACCACCUGUUGACCGGAAAAAAACACUCCAACGCCGACUGCCUGUCUCGUGCCCCCGUCGACCCACCGCCGGAGGACGACCGGGACGAUGACUGCUUCUUGGGAACCAUGAGGGCCUACGACUUUCCUGAGGAACAAAUGCGACAAAGCCGAGCCCCACAGCCACGGGAAAAGACCAGGUGCAAACUCAAAGCUCUUCGCAUGAGCAACAACCGAGCAUCGGUCUACCCGGAGCUGCGCACUGCGACAAAGGCGAGCCCCACAGCCAAGGCAAAAGACCAGGUGCAAACGCGAAGCUCUUCGCAUGAGCAACAACCGAGCAUUGGUCUGCCCGGAGCGGCGCGUGGGUUUGAGUCGCCGAAUCCCAAGGGCGAUGGCGCGCGAACCCUUACUGACUCUGGCGAACGAAACGACAGAAGCAACAAGAAAAGUCCUAGCCGCGGUUCUUCUGUGCGCAGUAAAGUGUCUUCGGCCACAUCGUCGACCACAACAUCGCAUCCGUCUAGCGGCGAGUUGCAGAAGAGUGUGACAAAGGCGAGCCCCACAGCCAAGGCAAAAGACCAGGUGCAAAAACAAAGCUCUACGCAGGAGCAACAACCGAGCAUUGGUCUGCCCGGAGCUGCGCGUGGGUUUUACUCACCGUCACCCAAGGCCGAGGGCGUUCACACCCUUACCGACUCUGGGAAACAAAACGACCGAAGCUACAAGAAAAGUCCUAGCCGCGGUUCUUCUGUGCGCAGUAAAGCGCCUUCGACCACAUCAUCGAUAACGCCACCGCAUCCGUCUAGGGGCGAGUUGCUGAAGAGUGCGACAAAGGCGAGCCCCACAGCCAAGGCAAAAGACCAGGUGCAAACGCAAAGCUCUUCGCAGGAGCAACAACCGAGCACUGGUCUGGCCGGAGCUGCGCGUGUGUUUGACUCGCCGUCACCCAAGGCCGCUGGCGCUCAAGCCGUUAGUGACUCUGGCAAACGAGACGACAAAAGCGAUAAGAAAAUUCCUAGCGGUGGUUCUUCUGUGUGCAAUAAAGCGCCUUCGGCCAGAUCAUCGACUGCGCCGCCGCAUCCGUCUAUCGGCGAGUUGCUGAAGAGUAAAGAGAAGGAGAGCUCGGUCAAAUCAGAGAGGAAGACAUCGGAAGGGACUUCGUCACAACAAAAGGAGCAAAAGGCUGAACCGUUUUACGCUGCUUGGGAAUUCUGGAAGAGGCCCGCCGCACUCAACCAGCAGAAGAAUGCGCAAGACCCUGGGAAACCGAGCAAGCAGAGCAGCACGAAGAAGUGUGAAACAGCCAGUAGUCCGAAGAAUGUAAAUCGAACCACUCAGGCCGUAGGAUGUAUUGGUCUGCCGUCCUCCUCAUGGAUGAACUUCCCCCUCGGUUGGCGAAGGUAUACGCUCAGGCCGGAAGAUAUACUCAAGCUUCUUAACGACGACGAGCCGAAAACCCCCAGAGUGAAAGUGCCACAUGACCAGGCAACACCCGAUGAGCCUUCUUCAUUGUCGGAAUCAAGCUUCAAAGAAGGCUACGAGAAGUUUGCCUCGCCCAAGUCGUCCGAGCUCAAUAGCCUUCUCACGGGUGAAGCAACGGAGAGCAGCAGCGCAGGGAAAGGACCGAAAACAGAUAAGCCUGAUACCAGCCGCAAGGGCGACCAGCCAUCGGCAGCAGGAACCUACAAAGCAGGCACUCCAGCUUCCGCAACUAGCAAAGGGACUUCGAAGUACUCGGCUAAAAGCCCGGAUACGAGUGGAAACGUCGAUGCCGAUGACACAGUCAAAGAUAAGAUUGACCUAGAGGAGCUUAUGGACACAGAGGACGAAGUGGAGGGCAACUUUUGGAAGAAAAUGACGGGAGCUCAAGGCCGCUCGACAAUUAUCGCUGCCAUUGCAGUGGCAGCCUUGUUGGUGGUCAUUUACUACCGACGCCUGCAGGGGGGCCCCAAACCAAUGGGGGCGCACGCACUGAUGGCCAACUUUCCCGAUGCCAUGUACCACUUUUGCGAGUCGCCGAGCUGCAAGAGAGCCGCCAGCGAAAUGAAGGCGUCGGUGAACACUUCCGUCGUACCAUGUCAAGACCUGUACAGCUUCGCUUGCGGCAAAUGGAAUGAGAUCGCGAAUACCACUGAAAUUUCGGGCGUUACGGUGCAACUGUCCUACAUGCAGGUAAUGCGUUACCUUGAUUAAAAGAAAAUGCAUUCAUUCGCUUAGUUCAGCAGAUAUCGUGGUAAUGUGAAGUGUGGUUGUUCGAAAAACCAUGGCUGAUUCCUCCGCCAUAGGAAUCGGUAUAACACGGACGUGAAAUGUGUCUUCACAGAAGUAGUGCUUAUUGUGUAGUGAUAUAUGAGAGCAUGUACAAUGUAUGUUGGUGUUUGGC